ACGGCGCCCAGAGACGACAAGUGGCUCGGAACGCGCAAGAGCCCGGCACUAGAGCGAGAGGGAGGCGAGGCGGAGGCUCGGGGAGCGCGAUCGCCAUGGGACUGGAGACUGCACGCGAGGUGGAGAGCGCGGCGCUGGGCGCGCUGCUGCGGGAGCCGCGGGAGGCCGAGCGCACGCUGCUGCUCGACUGCCGCCCGUUCCUGGCCUUCUGCCGGGGCCACGUGCGGGGCGCGCGGCCGGUGCCCUGGAACGCGCUGCUGCGGCGCCGAGCGCGCGGACCCCCCGCCGCUGCCCUUGCCUGCUUGCUGCCCGACCGCGCGCUCCGGGCGCGUCUGACCCGCGGGGAGCUGGCGCGCGCGGUGGUGCUGGACGAAGGCAGCAGCGCCUCGGUGGCCGAGCUGCGGCCUGACGGCCCGGCGCACGUGCUGCUCGCCGCGCUGCUGCACGAGACCCGCGCGGGACCCACCGCCGUGUGCUUCCUGCGAGGAGGCUUCGAUGGCUUCCAGGCCUGCUGUCCUGAUCUGUGCUCCGAAGGUCCCGCCCCGGUGCUGCCCCCUGCAGGGACCGAGAGCAGUAACACUGACCUCAGGGUUCCCGUUUAUGACCAGGGAGGCCCCGUGGAAAUUUUGCCCUUCCUGUACCUGGGCAGCUGCAGCCACUCCUCGGACCUGCAGGGCCUGCGGGCCUGCGGGAUCACCGCGGUCCUCAAUGUGUCCGCCAGUUGCCCCAACCACUUCGAGGGCCUGCUUCGCUACAAGAGUAUCCCGGUGGAGGACAACCAGAUGGUGGAGAUCAGCGCUUGGUUCCAGGAGGCCAUAGGCUUCAUCGACUCAGUGAAGAACAGCGGAGGCCGGGUGCUUGUCCACUGCCAAGCAGGCAUCUCGCGCUCUGCCACCAUCUGCCUGGCCUACCUGAUCCAGAGCCGCCGGGUGCGUCUAGACGAGGCCUUCGAUUUCGUGAAGCAGCGCAGGGGGGUCAUCUCCCCCAACUUCAGCUUCAUGGGGCAGCUGCUGCAGUUUGAGACGCAGGUGCUGUGUCACUGAGGCAGGGCCAUCUUACAGCCCAUUGCCACUGCACCCUCCAACAGCACACGUGUGGGGGCCCUGUGACUAAGUGCGUCCCUCACGGUGGUGGGGGGCUGCUGCCUCCUUGAGUCUGAAGAGCCCCCUGGUGGGGCUGCAAGGAAUGCAGCAAUGCUGACCUCUGUGACCAGGUGCUCUUCUGCUGGGGAUUUAAGGGCUGGCCCUGACUCAGGGGACAAGGACCCAGGGCUUGUCUGCUCUCUCCGGCCUGUCCUCCUCAGCAGAAAUUAACUGGACUCUACACCCUGGACUCUCUGGUCCCAUCGCCACGUUGAAGCCAGGGAGCCCCAGGGAACAAAGCUGUGACAACCAGGAGCCCCGUGGUGGGGAGGGGUCCUGGAGCCAGAACCUGAGCCCUGUGCUCCUGGAGGAGCCGGGAACGCGGAAGUGACGCGUGUGUCACGUAAAGGACCCCUGGCUCGCGUGUUAGUCUGCGCCAGCGUUUCUCGCCUGUGUUGGCGCCGGAAAGUUAUUUGUGUCCAACUGACAUUUAACACUCCUUCCCCCACUUCCUCCCAGCCUGUGGGCGGGGGCUGGAAACUUAGCACUUUAUAUUUAUACAGAACACGGGGGGGGGGGGUCAAUAAAAUAUUUGUUUUAUUUAGAAAA